AGCAUGUGUGUGGAUACCGGGUGUUACGGUACCCACUGUACACGUGUACCAACAAGUUCCGUAUUGUACGCUCUAACAUACAGUGGCUUAAUUCUGAACACCUUGGCACUUUUCUCUGAGAUAGAUCACUUCCUCAUUAGGGUUUAAGCUUUUCUUUCUCUCUCUCUUUUCGUCUUGAAGAUGAAUUCAAACCUCUCAAAAAUGUACAAACGCUCACAAAUUUCACUUUUUAAAUCCGUCUUCAACAACCCUUUGGGAUCUUCUCCAAGACCGACUUCUCCAUUUGCUCUCAAUCCACUCUCUCAAAUUCCAACUCAGCCCCAACUCGGCCGCGACUCAGUCCCCUCCUCGAAGCGUCAAUUUUCUGUAACCCCAUAUUCGUUAACCUCGCAAAAAUCCCAUUUUGCUAGACCCAAGGGAAGUCCGAGAAGCUACUACAGCACUGAGUCUGGGGCCGAGUUGGAUUACAACAAAGAAGUGGACAUGAUAAACCUCAAGUUUGCAGAGGCGAGAGAGGAGAUAGAAAUGGCGAUGGAUUCAAAAGAGACGGUGUACUUCAAUGAAGAAGCCGAGUGUGCUCGAGAUGCCGUGAAGGAGGUUUUGGAUAGGUUUGAAGGACUCUUGGGGAAGCUAAAAGAGAAUGAAAAGGAAGCUUUGCAGAGGUCAAUGGGGCUCAAGAUUGAGCAGUUAAAAGCUGAGCUUCAACAAUUGGAUGAUUGACUCAUGAGGUUGGAAGAUUUUAUUGUAAUGAAUUAAAGAUGAUACUUUUAAUAAUAAAAUUUGAAAGUUCUUUUCAAAAUUAUAUAAUUUUGAUCA